UAUUUUCUAAACUGUUGUGGCAUUCUAGAUUUUUUUACGCCAAGGUUGUGGCAUUGAAGACUUUUACCGUAUCAUAAAUUCACCGUUGUCGCUAGCAUUCCAUCCGUCCUCUGAAUCAAUUAACGACAAACACCCAAUCCCCCGCAAACUACCUAAACCAGUCUCUGGGAAUGCGCCCUUUCUUCCUCCCAACUCCCCGCCUCCUCACCCUCCACCCCCUCCCCCGACCAUCCCCCCGCCCCCCAAAAUCCCAACCACUUCACACAAUCCCCCAUCCCUCCCCCUCCAGAUCUCCCGAACCCGCCACCUCUAACAGCUCCCUGAGGGGUCAUAAUCACGACACCCCCUCCCCCGCGCCAGGGCUCUUGGGCCUGGACAUAUACAGCGACCUGCCAAGUCCUGUGAACUCCGUGGAAGCACUCUAUGACACGCACUUCCUGCUGGCAAGUGGGAUCCGCACCGCGCCCGGGAGCGGGGUUUUCUUGUUAAAUGACUUCGUGUUUAGUUGGGCGCCGGAUGUUGCUUGUAAAGGUGGGCUGGUGGGGUUUGGGGAGGGUUCGUGGGGGGUUUUGGAGGUUGUUUGGCCGAAGCCUGAGUUGUUGAUUAUUGGAACGGGAAAGCGGACUUUAUUUUUGGCUCCCGAGGAUAAGAAGAGGAUUGCGGAAUUGGGGGUUAGGGUCGAUGUCAUGGAUACUGGGAGCGCUGUGGCGCAAUUUAAUCUGUUGGCGACCGAGAGGGGGAGUGGGAUUGCGGGAGCAUUGUUGGCUAGGGGGUUUAAGGGGUGACUUGCCCGAAUGAGCCACUGGUGGAGGGGUCGUUACAUGAUGGGGGUUGACUUAACUCUAUCGUGCUUAUGGGGUGGGUUUGGUGUUAUUUCAGUGAUGUCUAGCCUGUGAUAGGUGAUCGAAUACCGAUAUAUAUAGGUUGGCACAGGAGGGGAAAGUAGUCUUCUAUGUACUGGCGAUGGAUGGGCGGCGGGGCAUAUCACCACAAGUCGCUGAUGGCUUAUCUCCUGCUGGAAAUCGACUUACAUUCAUAGCACACAUCCCCAAACAAUAAAGCGAGACAAAACGCCCAAACAAACUUCACCCCCCCCGC